UUAAUGACCAAUAUUAUCUGUGGAGACGCGCGUUUGAUUAUUUCUUCUGCUGUUGACUUGGUGUUGCUCCUCAUAAUAUUACUGAUGGAGAACAACCCUAGUUCAUCCAGAUCAAGUACUGAUCGCAAAACCAUUGAGCGAAAUAGGAGAAACCAAAUGAAAGCCCUUUACUCCGAGCUUAAUUCUCUUGUACCGCAUCAAAAUUCAAGGGAAGUUACAUCACUCCCAGAUCAACUGGAUGAAGCUGUAACCUAUAUAAAGAAGAUGCAGAUAAACUUGGAGAAAAUGAGUGAGAAAAAAGACAGCCUCAUGGGCAUUGAUCAAAAGCCAAAUGCAGGCACAAAUGGUUCUGGAAUGACGUACUCGACAGUGCAGCUAAGAUCACCACAAAUUGAGAUUAGUGAAAUUGGUUCGGCUUUACAGGUUGUUUUGAUAACUGGGUUGGAUUUCCAGUUCAUGUUCAAUGAGACCAUUCGCGUGCUUCAUGAAGAAGGAACUGAGAUUGUUAAUGCCAAUUUCACCAUUGUUGAUGAUAUGGUGUUUCACACAAUACAUGCUAAGGGUGGGGAGUCGGCAUUGGGUUAUGAAGCUGCAAGAAUAUCUGAGAGACUAAAGAAAAUUUGUCAGUAUUAAUGAUGUUGAUCGUAUAAUUUGAAUUUAUGUUUCAUCACCGUGUGCUUAAUUGUAUCCACUUGCGAUCGAAACAAGCAAUCUGUUCAUGAAUAUCAGUGCAAUAUAUUUCUGAUGGAGAGGUAGUACUAUCUUAAUAAAUCAAAUUGGACAAAUUCGUUCCUGAUUUUCCACAAUAUCCAUCAAUCACUGAGCAGUACUGUACAGUUGUUAAUUAGGGUAUGCUGAGUCUGAAGAUUUUCAGCAAAAACUUGUCAUGCAUGUUGUGAUCUCUAUUCACAUAUAUAAUGCUUCAAGCUGCCUUCAACAAGAUCAAAUCAGCUGGAUGAUAUACACAUGAGUACAAGAUCUAAGUUCAAUUGAAAAACCAUAUAUAUAGUACUUGUUUAUAUAACUAACUAAUUCCCUAUCAAUUGUGUUUCCAUUUAGUCAUUCAUCAUUUAAUUAAACAUGUGUUUGACUACAUAUAUUACAAGUUGCUAA